AUGCUGGACGGCUGAACAACAAAUGUCAAGGGCGUUUUCUUCAGUGAGCCCACCACAGAAGUUAGUUCCCUUGUUGUCUGCACUCAUAGUUCCCUGUCAUUUAAUCCCAUAUCAGUAACUGUAAUUUGCAAGAGAACAAUUACGUCCUCUAUUGAUUGCAUCAGGCACUCAGCUUCUGUUUCCAUGGCAACUGGGACUAGUGGUCUAGGGACUCAAUAUGAGGAGACAAAGAAAAUUGCAGGGAAAUGUGCGUGCUCUAUCUUCCACUGA